GCCAGGCCGUGAUAAGACAGCCCUGCUAGUCCACAAGGCACCUGAGGCCCCAGGGACCAGGUUUAAACGCAUCUGCUCAUUGUACCGGGGUGUGAUUUCCUGCCGGUCUUUUUAUCUGACCAGACGACCUGGAGGAAGAAGAAGCUGCCAGACUCCCAGUGACCUCCCCAGACGGGCUCCUGAUGGAAGGAGAUAAGCAGCCCAUUCCUAGUCAGGGCCCUUUCUUCUACAUCGGAGGCACCAAUGGAGCAUCAAUAAUCAGCAACUACUGUGAGAGCAAGGGCUGGCAACGCACUCAGGACAGCCACUGUGAAGACUACAAGCUAAAGUGGUGUGAGAUCAAGUGCAGGGACAACUACUGCAGCUUCCGGGAAGGCCAGCAGUUGCUGUUCCAGCUCCCCAACAACAAACUGCUUACCACCAAGAUCGGGUUGCUCAGUGCUCUUCGGGAGCAUGCACGCACUUUGAGCAAAGCCAGACUGCUGCCCAGUACCCAAGCCAAGGUCCUGAAAAUGGAAGAGUUUUUUCCAGAGACCUAUCGGCUGGACAUCAGGGAUGAGAGGCAGGCUUUCUUCACUCUAUUUGAUGAAACCCAGAUGUGGAUCUGCAAGCCUACGGCCUCCAACCAGGGAAAGGGCAUCUUUCUGAUCAGGAGCCAGGAGGAGGCUGCUGCCCUGCAGGCCAAGACCCAGAGCAUUGAGGACGACCCCAUCUACCGCAAGAUGCCCUUCCGUGCACCUCAGGCGAGAGUGGUGCAGAGGUGUGGGAAUGGAUGCCAGGAAGGGCUUGAGUCUCAGGCGGGGAUAACCCAGAUUGGCUGUUGCUUGUGGAUGUUGGUGAUAGUCAUCAGAAGUGCUGCCGAGCAGCCCUUGACCACAGCAGGCUACAGCACUUCCAACACCCAACCAACCUGCCCCAAGCAGCCCACAUCUAGACCCAUAAUCUGUGUGGGGGUGGGGAGGUAUUCACUUUUAGCUGGGGUAGCAGGGAAGUCUGCCCCUAAACACAGGCUCCUCCAAGGAGGGGAAGCCAAGGAUGGUUUGGUCCCUUUGUCCUCUGCCCUGCAGCUGUCUUUCCUAUUCUUCAGCCCAGCCAGCCAGCUACAGCCCAUUUGCAACACAGAGCUGACCAAUGACUCAUCUGCCUACAGUGGGGUCCAGUCCCUCAGUUUCACAUGAGACUAGGAGGGAAAACUCAGCUCAUACUUAGAAAAGUCCCAAUAGAGCCUUAUCCUCUACCAAUAUGGACCCUUUCUCUGGCCACAGCUGCCAUUGGCUACACCUUUCCCCUUCCAUAGGACCCUUCCAAGAAUGCUCUCCCUACCUUCAGUCUUGAAGAUGUGAAAUUUCUUAUGUGGGAUGCCCUAUCCCAUCACCAAAG